AUGUUCUGGAAUCAGCAGCUUCUGUCUUUUGCGGCGUACGAGCAAGACGACGGCAGUGUCUUAGGAGAUCCUGCGAAUUUGCAGCUGACGAAAGAUAUCACCGAGCUCGGAUGGUGUCCACCUACUUUCAGAACACGCUGGGACCUCCUGCCCAUCGUGGCAAUGGCAGAGGGAGAUGAGCCUUACUGGCUUGAAGUGGCCGAAAAAGACUUUCCUCUGGUUCCGAUCGCCCACCCGCAACUCCGGCUGCAAUUCGAAAAACUUGGUCUACGCUGGGUACCUGCGCCGGCCUUGUCUCGACUUGGCUUCGAUAUUGGAGGUGUACAGUAUACCGCAGCACCAUUUAUCGGCUGGUUCAUGGACGCAGAGAUUGGCGUCCGAAACUUGGCCGACACGUUCAGGUACAAUGCCCUGCCGCAAGUUGCUGUGGCUCUAAAUUGGAUCAGAUCGGAGCACGAAAUUGAUCGACUACCGGAGUAUGAGAGACUCGCCGUGCUAUCACGAGCACAGACUGAGCUGAACUUCGCCGUCUAUCAUUCUUUCAAGACGGCGGGUGUGGCGAUGUCAGACACAUUGUCUGCGUCGACCAUGUAUUGCAACUAUGAUGAUGAGCACUUUCGUGCUAAGGGCUUCCGAUUGCCUUCAAAUCCAUAUUGGCUGGCUCCACCUCAGGGGUCUAUCGUGCCCAUCUGGCACCGUGGAGGAGCGCCAAACUAUCAGCCCUCUCCCCUAAUCUGCAAACAUGUCCAGGAUCCGGUGAAUGCCUGGAGGCGGGAGACGAGGAAAUCAAUUUCUGAAGCCGCCAUCAAGAGAAUUGACAAAACUGAUUCUCCUUUAGCAAUAUCAUGCUCAUCGGCUUCACUUCAGGACCACGACGUUAGCCACCGACAGGAAGCAUCCAACGACGGCGUGAACCAGCGAAGAAUAUAUAUCUGCUUCUGCAGUGCUGCUUCCACUGCGAAAAAGCUGGCGAACGACCUCCAUUCACGACUUCGAUGUGUGGUUGACAAUCAGUACACUCUGAAUCUGGUCACAACGCUUAACGACUUCAAACCCCGCAAGUGUAGUACGGAGGAUAUUCUUCUAAUCGUAGCAAGUACGGCGGGGCAUGGAGAAGUGCCGCUCAAUGGCCAACGCUUCCUCGAAGUCUCUUUCGGAGCCGAAGCGAUUUCUCUCCUCCGAUACUCCAUAUUCGGCAACGGCAGCACUCUUUACGGUGACCGAUACAAUGCUGCAGCGACAGCAAUCAACGAGCAUCUUCUCAACCAAAAAGUAAAGCCACUGCGCGACGGACUCUACACCGGCGAUACUGCACAGGAAGAGCCACCUUGGUCUCAAUUCGACGACUGGUAUAGACAUAUCGUUGAGGCCCUUCAUGUCGAGCCUGAUCUGCUGAAUCAAGUCACGGAUCGAAAGCAAGCGUCAAAAGCCAAAGCUGGAAUGGAGACUGUUUCAUCUUAUUCUCUUGCUAGAAUCGUCACCUGCGCCAGAUCUCAUGCGCAAGGGAUACAGCAUGUGGUCCUGGACAUCGGCGAACAAAGAUAUGAGCCUUUGUCGCACGUCGCUAUGAUCGUACCGAACGACUCGAGCGUUGUGAAGCAGGCUCUCCGGACCGUUGGACUCAAAGGAAAUGAGUCUGCUCAAGUGCUACACCGCCAUCUUUCCGUCGAAGAGUAUUUGGUUGCUUUUGUGGACUUUGACAGACCCUUUUUGAAUCUCGAUUGGGUACAAGGAUGGAACUUCCGUCGAUCUCAAAGACACCUUUUUGGAAGACUGCCACUUCGAGAAGCGCUACAGGCGUUCAGGUGGCCAUGGCGAACGAGCAUUGAUCUGCAAAGCCUGCUUGCGGCGAUGCCCCUCAAGACGCCCCGGAUGUUCUCCGUCGCUUCCUCGCAGAAAGUACUCAAGAAUGGACAUCAUAGUGGCCAGCUUGAUCUUUUGAUCCAGCAUCGAGAAGGCGGUCUGGUCAGUAACUACCUGAAAACAAUCGGACCAGGAGCCUGCGUACAGCUGAAGACGAAUCCGACCGAAGAUGAGACGCUUCUUCAUUCGACCGAUAACCCCAUCAUCUGCUUCGCCACAGGCAGUGGACUUGCACCUGUCCUGUCUCUACUCAGCCAUCGUCUGGAAUUGAUAAAGAGCUCGCAGCAAGGCAGCGAUGGCGAGAAUGGUCGAGCCUUCGGUGCAGUUACUCUCAUCCUCGGCUUUCGAAAGAUGGAUUCGAGCAUCAUCGGCCAAGCUCUUCGUGAGUUCAUCGAAAGGGGCAUCAUCGAUGUGCUCCUCAUGACGCCAAGCAACGAUGAGAAGAUGCGAGCGCAGGACAGAAUCUUCGAUUGCAAUGUUCGUCAGACGCUGGAGAAGAAAUUGAAGUGUGAGGGAGCCGCUGUUUUCGUCUGCGCUUUACCGGAAGCAGCGGCGGACUUUGCGAAGAAUCUUUCGGCAAUGUUGGGCUGCAAUGUACAGGAAGCUCUGGGUGAAAGAUACGUCGAGCAGGUAUAUAAACCAGCUUGCUGA